AACAAAAUUAGUUCAUGGCAAAGAGAACCAGCGUCUUUGCUAUUAGAGAAAUGGAAGAUCUAUUCGUGCCCAUGUUGCGAAACUGCGUAAACAUGGCGGAAUUGAAGAAAAUCCAUGCCCACAUUUUGAAGUUCGCACUUUUACAGAGCAAUUUCUUGGUGACAAAAAUGGUGGAUGUCUGCGACAACAGUGCGGAUAUAGAGUAUGCGAGUUUGCUCUUCAAGCAAGUGCUUGAGCCAAAUGGGUUUUUGUACAAUGCAAUGAUCAGAGCUUAUACGCAUAAUAAUAGAUAUACUAUAGCAAUCACCCAGUACAAGCAAAUGCUAACAAACCCACAAGCUGAAAAUCCCAUUUUGCCUGAUAGAUUCACAUUCCCAUUUGUGAUUAAGUGCUGUGCGGGGCUUUCCUGUCAUUUUCUGGGUCAGCAGAUUCAUGCCCAGGUGUGUAAGUUUGGGCCAAAGUCACUUUUAAUCAUAGAGAAUGCACUAAUAGAUAUGUAUACCAAGUGUGAUAAUUUUAUAGAUGCACAUAAAGUGUUUGACGAAAUGACUGAAAGAGAUGCAAUUUCUUGGAAUAGUCUGCUCUCUGGGCAUGUCAGGUUGGGGCAGAUGAGAAGGGCUAGAGCAAUGUUUGAGGAUAUGCCAAACAAGACUAUUGUCUCUUGGACAACAAUGAUUGCGGGGUAUGCACGAAUCGGGUGCUAUGUGGAUGCAUUGGAUGUUUUUCGCCGAAUGCAACUGGUUGGUAUUGAACCUGAUGAGAUUAGUAUUGUGUCUGUUUUGCCAGCAUGUGCGCAGCUUGGAGCCCUUGAGGUUGGGAAAUGGAUUCACAUUUAUGCAGAUAAAAAAAGGUUGUCACGUAAGACUAAUAUCUGUAAUGCAUUGAUUGAAAUGUAUGCCAAAUGUGGUUGCAUUGACCAAGCAUUGCAAUUGUUUAGUAAAAUGGUUGAGAGGGAUGUGAUAUCUUGGAGUACCAUGAUUGGAGGUCUAGCAAAUCAUGGGAAAGCUCGUGAAGCAAUUGAACUCUUUCAAGAUAUGCAGAGAGCAAAGGUUCAACCAAAUGGUAUUACUUUUCUUGGUAUUUUAUCGGCCUGCACCCAUGCUGGUUUGUGGGAUGAGGGAUUAAAAUAUUUUGAUUCCAUGAGAAAAUUCUAUCAUAUAGAGCCAGAAAUUGAGCAUUAUGGUUGUUUAGUUGAUCUUCUUGGACGCUCUGGGCGCCUUGAUCAGGCUCUUGACACAAUAAAGAAGAUGCAAAUGAAGCCAGAUUCAAAGAUAUGGGGCUCUUUGUUAAGUUCCUGCAGAACUCAUUGCAAUAUUGAGAUUGCUAUUAUUGCUAUGGAGCACCUUCUGGAGUUUGAACCAGAUGACACAGGGAACUAUGUGUUGCUUUCCAAUAUUUAUGCAGAUCUUGGGAAGUGGGAUGGUGUGUCAAGGAUGAGGAAACUCAUAAGAAGCAAGAGCAUGAAGAAAACACCAGGAUGCAGCUUGAUUGAAGUUAACAAUGCGGUUCAAGAAUUUGCAUCAGGUGACGAUUCAAAACCAUUUUCGAAAGAUAUCUUUUGUAUGCUAGAGCUGCUGGCUUUGCAUCAUGACAGUACUGAUGAUAUGAUAGAAGUUGCAUAUGAGGAUAUUAGUUAAAGUGUUAAGAUCAAGAUGGGGUACUAGUCAGAAAUUGUAGCACAAUUUGCACUUUUACUAAUCAUUUUAACUUCUCUCUUAUGCAAGAACUUAUUUGCAUUACAUCAGAGCUGGUUUUUUUAAGUGAAAAAUGCAGAGAAGAGAAAGGUCAAACUUGCUUGAAAAUUAUUUCCACACCAAAACUGGAAGAGUUACACAUUUUUGAAUGCCUCAACCUCUACUUAACCCAUGCUCUCAUUCUACCCAUAAUUGAAAAAACAAGAACUUGAAAGGAUUUUUGUCAGAGGCUCCAA